CGCGUCUCGCUAAACGCGUCCUUUCUUCCCGUCCUCUGGUCGGCCCACCUGUUCUCCAUACCUGCAAAUUAGACACCCAACCUGACUCAAGUCAUAAGUACAGGGCAGGGUCAUCUUAUCUAGUAAAAUCAUCUUUGCUACAAGUUCAGGGGCCAGAAUUUCUUGGCACUGUGUAACCUUCGUUACUGCGACAGGCCGCAGGUAACAUACCUGAUCUAAUGUAUACACCUGUUACCCCCGUUUCGUCGCGUCGUACCGGGACCUUCAGCCCACCUCCAUCCACGACUGGUUCAACUCAAACCUAUACGUUGACUCCCGGUGGGACUCAAAGACUCAAUGUCGUGACACGCCUAGCUAUAGAGGGAAAGGCAAAGGAUAGGAAAGAUGCCGUAGGUUUAAGGAUGUAUAUGAAGUUGAGUAUACCGAUGGACAGUGUAUCCCCUGGUUCUACUGUAGCCUUAUUUCCCGAGGAGAACCUCAAGAUUAUUGGGUCGCCGCAAGUCCACCCUCUUGACGCCAACUCUGCCCCGUAUAACUUCUCUUCCACCGCUUUCCCACUUCUCAACGAUGCGGCUCGUGCACUUGGCCUUCCCGCGCGAUCAUCGAAAUCGUAUAUGUCUGUAUUUGGCCUCUCACAGUCCCCUGUGGUCUCUUCAAGCCGCUCCUCGCCUACGUCGGUGAAUGGAAGUAGCAGCUCACUACCCCUCGACAACAGAUACACUGGCCAUAUCCUCGUCAGUGGAUACCACGUAUCUUAUGUUCUUCCUCGCGAAAUCCCUCCCCGCAAUCGCGACGACGAUACACCUAUUCGUACAUCCUCAACAAGGUCGCGAAGAGCUUCGAUAGGCGAGCGCAACACCAUGCAAUUCAUGGCCGCCCUAGAAGUAAUGGUUCCGUACCUCUCGAAACCACCGAGAGCUCCUUAUUAUCUAUCUAUUCCCAUCCCCAGGUGUCUCUCCAACCAUAUCAGACUCCGAAUGUUCUCUCCUGGCCCCGCCCCCGCCCAGUCUUUUGCAUCACUUUCCUCAGCGGAGGAUGACCAGCAGAGAUGGGAAGUUGUUACUGAACCUCACAUCACCAACCAGAUUGGCAAGCUCGGGCGUACAAGGUCUUACGGGGAGAUGGCUGAUGAUGAGUCGUCUGAUUCAACGUCCAACUAUCAACCUGGAGGUCUGCAGGACGCCAUACAAGGCACCUUUCCCAGCUCCGAUUACAUUCGCAUACGGUGGGCUGUGCCUGUCAAGAGUCUAGAUAUCAAUGGUGAAGGAGGGCGUCGUCGGGUGCACGUCGCGCAGGCGAAGGGAGAACUCACGUGUGUUGUUCUCGGGAAGGCCAGAGACAGGGAAAGCGACAAGGAAGGCAUCGUGAUGAGGCUUGAACAGAAGGGGACCUGCAAGGACGUAUGGUUUGCUGGUGUCGCGACGAUGCUCGGCAUGGACAUCGGCCUCACAGCCAAGAACGCUGAAGCUGUCCUCUGGGCUCCAGGCGAAGAUGCAAAGUGGACUGUUACAGGAGGUCGUGGUUAUACGGGCUACGAUAUUGGGCCACCAACGGAAGAAGAGAAUCGCGAGGCAUCUUUGGAAUAUCCUGAUAUGAUGGAGUCGACUGCUUCACCACCAUUCCUCGCAAGUCUCACGACUCGCCACGACUCGGCCUCGUCCAAUACGUCACUUUUGCGGGCACCCCUGCCUGCGGAUCCCAUGCCGAACUACUCUUUUGAAGGACGAACGAACAAUUUAACGCCUGCAACAACGCUUUCCUCCAUCAGCUCCGCCCCUUCCGACAUGCGGAGCCGCGCAUCCUCCGUGAGCAGAGAACCCGCCCCCACCAUCAAAUCUCCAACGACAGACCUGACCGUGCACAUCAACAUGAACGACCUCAUCCCUGCCUCUAAAAAGGAAUUCACCUUCACCAUCUCGGGCACUAUCCUUGUCAUUCCGCGCAGCCGCUCUUUGGGUAUGUCUACGUCCACGUCCACCGGACGCUCCAUGCAUAUGGACUCCGACCUCGACAUGACACCCGUCAUCCUGCCUCACUUCAGCGUGCAUGCGGCGGACCACGAGUCGGUGACGACAUCCGUCAGGAACGACUGCACUAACGCGAAACUGGAGGUGUACAACAUUUCCGGUGACCUGCGUGAUGCGCAGACACUCAAGACGGUCCUGCAGACCGGCAAAUCGAGGGACUGUGGCAAAGAGGGAGGACGCAUUGCUCUGCGUGCGCUCCCUCCGAGCCCGAGCGGGAACCGCGGUUAUGUCAAUGGCAUUGCGUCGCCGAGUCCGAAGCCUCGCGCGAUGAAUACGUCUGGCAAGAGCGGCGCUGUCCAGACAUAUAUUGCACCAGCGCGGCGGAAGCGGGAGGGGCCUGCGAUUAUACCCUCGGUCAAGGCUACAAUCACGCCGCUUACACUAGACUUCUCUGGUUCUCCCAAAGCAUAUGCUGUCCGACUCUCCUUGACCGCCCCCUCGGACCUCGAUUCUCCAUGGCUUGAAUUCGGGCUUGCUCAGCCAUAUGUGGGCACUUCUGCUUCUGCUGCUGAGCACGGUGAUCCGGAGGUGUCUAUUGCUGCUAUUAGCAUUGAUGGUGUUUCCGCGCGGUACGAGAGCAGCACGCGUAACAAGGAAGAUAUACUCUCUGAGCUUGAUACGCUCAACCGCGCUGGCGACUCUGAGUGGGUCGCGUGGGUCAAAGUCCACGUCGGCGAAGCUGGAGGGCAACUGCAAGUCGAUUAUGUGGUCACGCAUGACACCUCAAGCCCAGUUCACGAAGGCAAAGGGAAGGCCGACCCCUCCAGUAUUAGGUUUGGAGUGCUAUUGCCGACGUUCACGAUGCCCGUUGGUUGUCUAGAUGCGACGAUUGAAUCAUAUCCUGGUCUUUCUGCAUAUACCGUUCGCUCAAACCUCUCCUACCGAUACAAAUCUACGCAUGGCUACCGCCUUCUACACUACUCAAUACAAGACCUCUUCAGCCCCUGGCUCUUCAUCGAGACGCAGCCGCCACCCUCUCGGGCCCGCGUCGCCGGCCAAAGCGCCGCACAGACCCUGCAAACCCUCGUCCGUUUGCUCCCGGCUCUGCUGCUCCUGCUGCUAGUGCUCAACGUCGGCACCGAGUUCCGCCACAUGCGCCGCUCGCUCGACGCAUGGGGAUCGGUACACUUGACGCGGUCUGAGUCUGCGCCCGGCCCUGUGCCCAUACCUAUGGAUGGCACGGGCGCCCACGUAGAGACCGAGACAGUGUUCGUGACGACGACGCUGACGUCCACCGUGACCGCCACGAGCACGAAGCGGCCGGGGUGGUUCGCGGAUACAGCCUCGUCGCCUUCAGCCUCCACGGCAUCAUCAUAUUCAUCAUCGUCGUCGUCUGAUACGAUCUCACCCACCGCACGUGGCAAAGCGACCAAAGAUGUGCCCACGCCCUCUUCCCAGAUCUCGAAGUCGAAGAGCAAGAACAGGCCCACGAAGACUUUACGUCCCGAGGUCCCGCCAUCAUCAUCGCCACGGCCAGUGUAUGAUUCGGAAGCGGAGACGGACGCGCUCGCGCCUGUGAUGGACCUUCCGUGGCUAAACGUUCAGCUACACCCGGCUGCAAAGAAGGCCAUCGAUACGAUGGUUGAUGGGCUUGGGAUCGUCUGGCAGGUCUUCCGGAGGGUAUACCAUUACCCGCUUGACCCUCCAUGAGUUGCAUUUGCUCUUGAAACUAUUUUCUGCACUUGUGAUUCCCGACUUACGGUUGAUAGUGUGCUAUUGUAAUGUUAUGAUUUCAUUUAAUCACCCGUAUCUAUACCUGC